CUUUGGUACUACUACUGGCUGGCUUUGUUGGUUCUGCAGCCAUCGUGUUAAUACUAGCUCCAUGAAGAGAAUGCCAGAGCAUUAAGGUACCUUCAUUCACUGACGCAUCUGUAGAGCCGUUCCCUAGCGUACCGGCAUCUGCCAAAGAAGUUUACUUAUUGCGUGCGUUUUAUUCGUUGACACUCACACAACACUUCGAAAAUGCCCUCCACUGCAAGUCAACUGGAACGAAGUCUAAGAAGACUUCAGAUCUCUGACUCACAAGAAAUGUCUACCGCAGUGGAAUGGGUGCCCUCUAAAUACAGCUCAGACGUAUCUCAGUACGUUCUCGUGAGGCCUCCCCGGGCUCCAUGCGGCAAUCGACGGCUGUUUGGUUUUCCUAUUAUCAAAAAGGAACUUUGGCACCUGGGAACCAUCUCUUUCCAUCAUAUUCUGCCAGACGAAACUUUACCAGACAACCACUCGUUCCUGGCCAUGAAUUCACUUGCCUUCCUCGAAUCAUGUCUCCAGCUUCGCGUUUGCACUAUGGCAUAUGGAAAGGUGGUUGGAGACUCGAAGGAUAUCCCAUCGGAGUGUGUGUCGUCAGGAGAGGUGCUGGUGCUAGUAUUGUGGAGGGAUACAGAACCCGAGGCUACCUGUCCCACGCCAAGUCAAGUGCAUUCCCUGGAGGGUAAGCUUGGGCGCCCACCGGGAUGGUGGGUGGAAGUCCCACCAUUUUGAUGAGUAUUCCGCCAUCGUUCCAUGUCUGGUUGUGUCACCUACCCCAUCUGUACCAAUUCAUUAUUUUCUGCGGUAGAAGCCGUAGAACCAAUCACUCUUACACUUUAUCUGUGACUGUGAUACGUACACUCGACAUCAAUAUCAAUGUGAAGGAACACUUCGG